AUGAUUCCUUUGGUUCUCUUUGGACUUUUCGGGCAAGCAAUCUCCUUGCCCGCGAGACUUUCACCGACCGUCUCAGUCAAGAACGGCACCUACGCUGGUGUUUAUAGUCCGCAGUAUGACCAAGAUUUCUUCCUUGGCAUGCCCUAUGCUCAGCCGCCCGAGAGAUUCACGUUGGCUAAAGAACUGGACACGGCGUGGAAUGGAACUAACCAAGCUGUCGAGUACCCGUCCCACUGCUUUGGCUAUGGCUCCGAUCAGAUCGGAUACGCCCAGUCCGAGGACUGCCUCUAUCUGAAUGUCGUGCGACCUGCUGGCAUAAAAGAUACCUCCAACCUCCCUGUUGCCGUCUGGAUCCACGGAGGAGGUUUGUUCAUGGGCGGCUCUGCUGACCGGAGGUACAAUCUGUCAUUUAUCGUGGAGCGCAGCGUCGAGAUGAAGACUCCCGUCAUCGGCGUAAGCAUCAACUAUCGCCUUUCUGCUCUCGGCUUCCCUUGCGGUAAGGAGGCCUUGGACGAGGGGAUUACCAACCUUGGGUUCCGAGACCAACGUCUCGCCCUGCGGUGGGUUAAUGAAAACAUUGGAGCUUUUGGUGGCUCUCCCGACAAGGUUACAAUUUUUGGUGAAAGCUCGGGCGCUGAGAGUGUCUCUGCUCAGGUCUUUGCAUAUAAUGGACGCGGGGAUGGUCUGUUCCGAGGUGCCAUCGCUCAGUCUGGUUUCGGCGGCGCCAUCGGCAGAUUCCCAGGGGGCUUCAAUGCGACCGCCGACAUGCAGGGUGUAUAUGAUGCUCUGGUCGGUAACGUCACUUCGUGUGCGGACUUGGUUGGGAAGCCAGAGUCUCUAGAGUGCCUACGAAAAGUACCCUUCGAAGAGAUCAACCAUGCGUUGAACGUGAGCAGUGUUGGACCAUGGCCUCCAGUGCUGGACCAUGACUUCAUUGCCGACUAUCCGGCAAAUCAGGUCGCCAAUGGAGAUUUCCCCAAGAUCCCGAUACUUGUUGGUGCCAACUCAGAUGAAGGAUCCGCCUUUGGUUCGGGCAAGGGACCCAACGGUGGCGGAGUCAACACAGACGAUGAGAUGCGGGAUGCAAUCGAAAGCAUAACCCCUGCUGACGCAGAAGUCCACUCUGGUAAGUCUGUUGAUGAGUUGGUUGAUGAACUCAUGGCCCUCUACCCCAACGAUCAGCGAGUGGGCAUCCCGUCUCUAGAGACCUGGCCCCAUGUCAUUGAGCCGGGGGACACCUUUGCGCAACAACUUGGAGCCCAGUAUCGACGAACGGGCGCUCUGUUCGGCGACUUCUCCAUGCAGUAUCAGAGACGUCGUGCCAACAAGGCCUGGGCAAAACACGGCCUUCCGAGCUACACAUAUCGCUUCAACGUCACCGUAAAUGGUUUGCCACCGUUCACUGGCGCAACACACUUCCAAGAGGUUGCCUUUGUUUUCAACAACAUCAACGGAGACGGAUACAGCACGAACCCAUUUGGUGGGAACGGGACAUACCCGGAAAAGGCCAAGGCGCUGGCCAAGGCGAUGUCCUCUUCGUGGAUCAGUUUCUUUGCCAACCUCGAUCCCAACGGAAGCCAUGACUUGGGUCUUCCAGAUGGCCAAGACUGGCCAGUUUACUCUACUUCAUCGGAUGUUCCUGAUGGGGACGGUAUUGUCUUUGAUGUAAAUAGAAACCAUAUUGAAGUCGAUGAUUGGAGAGCAGGAGGAAUGGACUGGAUGAACGAACAUGGUUUGACGGUCUUUGGGAAUUAA